AUGGAUACUAUAAAAGGACUUGGAAUUAUCCAGAAUUAUUCUCUCGUUCUUCAACUACUAUUAUUCUCCAUUUUGUCCUCUUCUCACACAAUGCCAACGGUGCGGGAGCAAGAUGACGUCGACCGUGUUGUCUGCUGCAAGCACGGAAAGCCUUGUCAACUCUCAUUGCAACAAGUUCCAAAGUCUGCACGUGGUCAAGAAGUCCCAAGAUCGCCAGAUGUUGGUCGUUGUGGUGGUGGCAGACGUAAGAGACAGAAGUGCCAGCAGGCGGAUAAUAACUCGUCCAUCACCGACUUGAGGGGAGGCAGUGUUAGCAGCUCAUCGACCAACUAUGAGAACAUCCCGCCUGGGGGAUUGCCGAAUGAGGGUGACAAUUUUUUUGUUUUUUGA